AUGGAGAGGCACGAGCAGUACGAGCGCGUCUUCAGCCGCUUCGACUCGAACGGCGACGGCAGGAUCUGCCCCGAGGAGCUCCGGCGGUGCGUCGGCUCGAUCGGAGGCGAGAUGACGGCAGCUGAGGCGGAGGCCGCGGUGGCGCUGAUGGACUCCGAUGGGGACGGACUCCUCUGCCUGGACGACUUCCUCAGGAUUGUGGAAGGCGCCGGGGAUGAGGAGAAGGCGGGAGAUCUGAAGGCGGCGUUCCAAAUGUAUGUGCAGGAGGGAGGCGCGUGCAUAACGCCCAAGAGCCUGAGGAGGAUGCUGUCCAGGCUGGGGGAGAGGAAGAGCGUGGGCGAGUGCAGUAAUAUGAUCGCUCGAUUUGAUCUCGACGGCGAUGGAGUUCUCAGCUACGAUGACUCAUUGUUUUGA